AUGCUGCAAUCCAAGGCAUUGGUGAUAGCUCUGAUUCUGCUCCUUAGCGCCACUCUCCCCGAAGUGCAGUCAAAGUCCAUCUUUGAGAAAGACCGUCGUGACUUGCUGGCCAUCCCUGAGGCUAUUGCAUCUUACUUUUAUGAAGCUGUGAACAAGGUGUCUCCUAAAGUCAGUCAGUUCUUGUUGGAUACUGUCCAGAGUCCAACAGUUAUUGCGGCCAGACAGAGAUUCGCCAAAGAAGCAACUAAAGUCAGUGUAAUGUUUGAACAGCUGAUUGAAAAAAUAAAGAACCUGUGGUACACACGAGUCCUAGGCUAUUAG